CAACCCAAGAGUCCAUAAUCACAAGACUCGGUUAAUUCGUUCGUCUUUUCAACAACACAUGAAACUGAAAUCGGAGAAGAACAAAAGACACGACUCGUAAAACUCUUCCUCUUCGUUUUGAUCACCAUGAGUCUGACACCAACAAUUGAAGUAGCGAAAGCUGCAGAAGAAAUCAGCAGCAGCGAGAGAGGAGGAAGAGGAAGAAAAAAACCCAAAAUGGAGGACCAACAAGUCCACGAGAUCAUCGAUCUUGAAGCCGAAGAAGAAAACGACGAUGACGAUGGUAAGAAGAUGAGGAAAAGAUUCUCCAAAAAGGGCAUCAACAAGUCCGACCCAAUCUCCGUCGAACAGUACCUCGAGGAACGAGACCUUCAUCUCGCGAUCAUGGCUUCUCUCGCUACCAAUAGCCCCAAUUUCAUUGACCUUUCGGAAGAAAGUGCCGAAAACCAACUCCUCUGGUUCGACUCGCAAGAAACCUCCAAGAACGAGACCCCGAGGUUCGAAAUGGGGCAAUCUUCGAAUUCCAAGAACGACCCGUCUUUCGUCUGCGAAAUCUGCAUCGAACCCAAAUCGUCAAACGAGUCCUUCUCCAUCAAGGGCUGCUCCCACUCCUACUGUACGGACUGCGUUUUCAAAUACGUCGCUUCCAAGCUCCAAGACAACGUCACCGCAAUAAACUGCCCUGUUUCCGGCUGCGACGGGUGGUUGGAGCCCGAGCAUUGCCGUUCCAUACUCCCGGCGGAGGUUUUCGACCGGUGGGGAUUCGCGCUGUGCGAGGCUUUUUUUCUCGCGUCGGAAAAGUUCUACUGUCCGUACAAGGAUUGCUCUGUGAUGUUGAUUAAUGAUGGAGGAGAGGCCGUGACGCAAUCGGAGUGCCCGAAUUGUUACAGAAUGUUCUGCGCGGAGUGUAAGGUUUCGUGGCACGAGGGGAUUUCGUGCGAGGAGUUUCGGAAGCUGAACAAGGACGAGAGGGAGAAGGAGGACAUCAUGUUGAUGAACCUUGCGACGAGCAAGCUCUGGAGGAGGUGCCCCAGUUGCAGGUUCUACGUCGAGAGGUCCGAGGGUUGCUUGUUUAUGAGAUGCAGGUGUGGAGUUGCUUUCUGCUACAAUUGCGGAAAUAGUUUACAAAACAAUGGCCCUCACUAUUGUAGUAAGUGUAGGCGAUAACAUUCUCCGUCAUUGUUUGGUGGCAAAAGUACUUCCAAAAUAAUAGAUAAUAGAUAUAACAAAGUGUAUAAAAGUAAUCUUAUGUCUCGUUCAUUUCACUGAUUCGAGUUUUCAAUUUUAGGUUUUUACA